ACGUGAGUGACAGCAUUUUGAGACUGUAAACUAGUAGUCUGUGGACAUUAGACAUCACGAACAACGAUGAAAAAAAUUUGUUGAAAUUUCUUUGAAUUUGUCGAAAAGUCAAAAAUAAGUUGCGUUUGUGGAAGGAUAAUUUAGAUCAGUGUCAAAGACCUGACACUUCAUAAUUAAGGGCCGGGCACACAAUAAAAGCAGUCAUGCAUCGUGCAGGUCGCAUAGUCUUACAGGCUUCUAGUAAAGUAGGAAACAACGAGAGGUUUGCGUCAUGGCUACUGAACAAGCCUCAGGCGACUGCCGUACCAGUAUACAAUGCGUCAGCCCACCGGCUGAAGAGCUCUACUGCGGCAGAACCAUUCCUGAAUGGAUCCAGCUCGGCAUAUGUUGAGGACAUGUACAAUGCAUGGCUCACCGACCCAGCUUCUGUGCAUGCGUCUUGGGACGCAUUCUUCCGCAACGCAACCGCCGGCGCCGGGCCCGGCGCUGCGUACCAGUCACCGCCGAACCUAUCCCCUUACAAUAAGAAUGAAGUUCCCCUGUCAUCUCUGGUGCCUGCCGCCGGUGGCCUGCCUUCCAUCUCGUCAGGUUCUCCCAUCAACGAAAAGAUCAUCGAUGACCAUCUCGCCGUGCAAGCCAUCAUCAGGAGUUACCAGAUCCGUGGACAUCAUAUAGCCAAACUCGACCCGCUGGAUUUACCCAAAUUCGAUUUGGAAAGUAAAAAUCUUCGGGAAGUGAUCCACAACAGCUACAGGUUUGAUGAAGCCGACAUGGACAGGGUAUUUAAAUUGCCCUCUACCACUUUCAUUGGAGAAAAGGAAAAGACUUUGCCUCUCAGGGAGAUCCUGAACCGUUUGGAGCAAGCGUACUGCAACAACAUCGGCAUAGAGUUCAUGUUCAUCAACUCGCUGGAGCAGUGCAACUGGAUCCGGCAGCGCAUGGAGCCGCCCAAUGUCACCAAGAUGACCCCCGACGAGAAGAGAUUGAUCCUCGCCCGGCUUACCAGAUCUACAGGUUUCGAGAACUUCCUCGCCAAGAAGUGGUCGUCGGAGAAGCGGUUCGGGCUGGAGGGCUGCGAGAUCCUCAUCCCCGCCAUGAAGCAGGUCAUCGACGCGUCCACGCGCCUCGGCGUCGAGUCCAUCAUCAUGGGCAUGCCUCACCGAGGUCGUCUGAACGUGUUGGCCAACGUGUGCCGCAAGCCCCUGCAUCAACUGUUCACGCAGUUCGCCGGUCUGGAGGCUGAAGAUGACGGUUCCGGAGACGUAAAAUACCAUUUAGGUACAUACAUCGAGCGUCUCAACCGCGUCACAAACAAGAACAUCCGUCUGGCGGUCUGCGCUAACCCGUCGCACUUGGAGGCCGUUGACCCCGUCGUGCAGGGCAAGACCCGGGCCGAACAGUUCUACAGAGGCGACAAUGAGGGCAAGAAGGUGAUGUCAAUCCUUCUUCACGGCGACGCGGCGUUCGCCGGCCAGGGCGUGGUGUUCGAGACGAUGCACCUGUCGGACCUGCCCGCGUACACCACACACGGCACCAUCCACAUCGUGGUCAACAACCAGAUCGGCUUCACCACCGACCCUCGGCACUCGCGCUCUUCCGCUUACUGCACAGACGUGGCCCGCGUGGUCAACGCGCCCAUCUUCCACGUGAACAGCGACAACCCCGAAGCCGUGAUGCACGUGUGCAACGUGGCCGCCGAGUGGCGCAGCACGUUCCACAAGGAUGUGGUCAUCGACAUCGUGGGCUACCGCCGCAACGGACACAACGAGGUGGACGAGCCCAUGUUCACUCAGCCGCUCAUGUACCAGAAGAUCAGGAACACGCCGCCAGUAUUGGAGAAGUACGCCCAACAACUCAUCACCGAAGGCGUGGUCACAGCGGAAGAGGUGAAAGACGUCAAGGACAAGUAUGACAAGAUCUGCGAAGACGCCUACAACCAGGCGAAACAGGAGACGCAUAUCAAGUACAAGGACUGGCUGGACUCGCCUUGGUCCGGUUUCUUUGAGGGCAAGGACCCCUUGAAGAUGUCGCCAACAGGCGUGCACGAAGAGACGCUAGUGCACAUCGGCAAGCGCUUCUCCUCCCCGCCCCCCAACGCCGCCGAGUUCGAGAUCCACAAGGGUCUACUCCGCAUCCUGAAGACCCGCAUGGAGAUGGUGGAGAGCCGCACCGUGGACUGGGCGCUGGCCGAGGCGAUGGCGUUCGGCUCGCUGCUGAAGGAGGGCAUCCACGUGCGCCUGUCCGGGGAGGACGUGGAGCGAGGCACGUUCUCGCACAGACACCACGUGCUCCACCACCAGAAGGUGGACAAGGCGACGUACUGCGCGCUCGCGCACCUCUACCCGGACCAGGCGCCGUACACCGUGUGCAACAGCUCGCUGUCCGAGUACGGUGUGCUCGGCUUCGAGGUCGGCUACUCCGUGACCAACCCGAACGCUCUCGUCCUAUGGGAGGCUCAGUUCGGAGACUUCAACAACGUGGCGCAGUGCAUCAUCGACCAGUUCAUCUCGAGCGGACAGGCCAAGUGGGUGCGCCAGUCCGGCCUCGUGCUGCUGCAGCCGCACGGCAUGGAGGGCAUGGGUCCCGAGCACUCGUCGGCCCGUCUGGAGCGUUUCCUGCAGAUGAGCUCCGACGACCCCGACUACAUGCCGCCGGAGAGCCCCGACUUUGAAGUGCGCCAACUGCACGACGCCAACUGGAUAGUGGCGAACUGCUCGAGCCCCGCGUCGUACUUCCACAUCCUGCGGCGGCAGAUCGCGCUGCCGUUCCGCAAGCCGCUCAUACUGAUGACGCCCAAGAGCCUGCUGCGCCACCCCGAGGCCAAGUCGCCCUUCGACGAGAUGAACGAGGGCACCAGCUUCCGCAGAUUGAUCCCUGACGAGGGCCCGGCGGCCCAAGAGCCAGGCAAUGUGCGCAAGCUGGUGUUCUGCUCCGGACGCGUCUACUACGACCUGCUGAAGCAACGCCGCGAGAAGGGACUGGAAAAGGAUAUCGCUAUUGCUAGAUUGGAGCAAAUCUCUCCGUUCCCCUUCGACCUGAUCAAGGCGGAGGUCGCCAAGUACCCGAACGCCCAACUGGUGUGGAGCCAGGAGGAGCACAAGAACCAGGGCUCGUGGAGCUACGUCGAGCCGCGCUUCCGCACGCUGCUGCUCAACCAGAAGCAGAUCAGCUACAACGGGCGCGCGACGGCCGCCUCGCCCGCCACCGGCUCCAAGGCCGCUCACAACAAGGAACUCCGAAAUCUCCUCGAAGAGUUCAGCAUGCUCUAAGCAUUCACCACCACAUCUCACAUCCCCUAUUGUGAAGCAACCCUACUCUACAACCGUGCCACUAACUUUGCCGUAAAAAGUUAUUUUAAUCCAAUGAGGUUAUCAUUGAAACGUCAGAAUAAUAACAGUAGGCAAUGUGUCAGAUUGACAGUUAAUUGAGGGUUACUAUUUUAAAAAUAUUUCAGGGUUGCCAUCUUUUGCUUCGGCAAAGUUGGCUUGCACGGUUGUGAAUAAUAUCAUUCGGAAUUUAUAGCUUAUCGAUUUUUGACGUAUAAUACCUGUGUUUCAGUAUAAAAAUAAGUUUAAUGAAUGGUAUGUUUUAGAGCAGAGUUGUGAAGUAAUAGGUUCACCCUACGACGGUACCUGAACCGUAGCCAGCACCGGACGAUUCAGUGUCACACUCGAAACGAACUAACUCGCGGAGAUUUACAUUAAAUGUUCAUUUUAUUUUGUCUUUUGUCAGUAUUUAACUUAAUACUAUUAUAGGUAGACUAGUUAGAUAAAUCCUAUUUAUUUAUUUAACGUAGCAUUAAACGUGAGUGUAGUUGGUUUAUUUUUAUUUUUGUCGCAACGCCGCAUUCUCACGUGUCUCCACUCUUUUGUUAUAAACAAUUUCUUUUUUUUUUUCAAAUAAUUUUAUGAUAUAAUACAGUAAAAUCAUAAUAAAUUCACACUAAAUGCAGGACGGUAAUUUGAUUUACUUAGUAGAAAAUGAUAAAAUUACUAAUUUUUUUUAUUAAUAUUAAUUAACAAUAUUCUCGGUACAAUGUUGUAGUUAGCGCAUCGCCUUCGCGUUUCAUUUGCUAGUCAAAGACGUCGAACGUUGUCGGUGAUAUUGUUUAACUUUUUCCUGCACUCGUAUAACGAUAUUCUAUUUCAGAUAUUAUUAGCUAGUAUACUAAGCACUGGUAAAGUACACUGUAGGUCAGGUACAUAAUGUACUGUACAUAGCUCGCUUGUAGGUUCCGUAGUUACCACUACCGUUGAGAACGGAAAACUUUCGGUAACAAUAGUAACACUAACAGCUUUGUAAAUUAUCUCGCGUGGACUCACGUACCUAACUCUCCUUUCUGUAGUAAAUCUGUGAGAAUAAGCUCUAUAAUAUUUUAAAAUCACUCUCCUAUGAUUAAUUUAUUGUCACAUUUCACUAUUUUGGUUAUCAUUUUAUUUGCUAUAACGAUUUUAUUAACUUAUUUGAUUGUAAUACGCAGGCUUAAUUGUAUUUGAAGUUGUUAUUUUACCGUUAAAUUUGAUAAUUUGGAUGUUUUAAACUGUAUUUUGGUCGUAGUGGCCGCCUUGCUCAGGUCGCAUGGAGAAAUGGAAGGGAAUCAUGGAUGAAUUAGCAGAAGGGUUCGGCAGGUUUACCUGAGCCAAUUUAUUGCUAAAAUUAGUUGGACGAGUUAAUUUACAAAUAAAUAUAUUCAAAUUUAAA